CGAGUGACUUCCCUGAACUUGCAAUUGAAAACUGACGCUAUUUUUUACCUUAAUUCUUAGACUUCCCAAAAAGGAUAAUCGUGAAAUCUCAACGAUAAUUUUUCAAUAAACUCGAAAAGAAUUACCUGUCAAAUCAAGUGCCUUGUGCCAGGUCUCACGACUUUAGUAUUUGCGAUGCCGGUUGUGAGGAACGUAACAUAACCUCUAAAUUGGGUCGUGUUACUGUUUUAUUAAGGGUUUUUUUCCUACGAUAACCUUUAUGAUAUUUCUCUAAAUCCACGGAAAAAUAAAAAGUAAGAAUCACCAAUCAUGCAGUGGCAAAAGUUCUUCGAGGCCGUCAACAAUAAAUUGAGAAAUUCUCGUAUGCCCUACGACAUCAAGGCGAAGAAAAAAUGCGAAAACGAAGUGAUGUUAUGCCUUUUGGCAGAUCCGGAUGUAAGAAGGCUUAUGUCCUUGUGGUUAAACGAGCAGCACAAAUCUAAAGAAGGCAAGUCUUUAGAAAAGACUAAACAAUUACGAGAACUGGGAAAUAAAGAGUUUCAAGUUAAAAAUUACACUGCGAGUAUUCACCUUUACACAAAAAGUUUACAAUAUGCACCAAUGGGAAGUGAAGAAUUGGCCAUCGCUGUCGCUAAUCGAUCUGCUUCCCUUUUCUAUCUCGAAAAAUACGAAGAUUGCAUUAAAGAUAUCGAUUUGGCUGUCAUGUGGGAAUAUCCUGAAAACUUGCGCUAUAAAUUGCACUUGCGAGCAGCACAGUGUUUUUGGAAAUUGAGGAAAAGAAAAUCGAUGGAAGAAUCUCUCAUGAGAGUUGAGGAUAUCAUUAAUAAUUGCGAAGAAAUUGCAGAAAUAAAGAAAGGAAAUAACUUACGGAAUGGGCACGUCGCCUUGCGCUCGGCAGCAGUGAGCGCAAAGCGAUGUCGAUUGUUCAUGAUCGAGCAAAACAAAAGCGAAGGGCUUCUCGACAAAAAGAAUUUGACCCUUUUUCACGUCCCUAUUCGCCACGAUAAAUCGACCCUUGUCCGGUGCACACUUCUUUUCCAAGGCCGCCGACGCGUACGGAAAAUUUGGAUUCACUCCAAAUGCCGGUUCCGUUGCCCAAGGUGCAAAAUGUGCGUGGAGGCAAUGUACUGCGAUGUAAAAUGCCAGGACGACGCAUGGACCACUUACCAUCAAUGGGAAUGUCCAGGAAGCCGAAUGGGAGUUUGGCAACAAAUCGGAAUCGCGCAUUUGGCAAUGAAAUUGCUUUUGAACUGCGCAACUACUCAGGAUACCGAUAAAUUUAACCAAGUUCAGAGUCUGGUGACAAACAUUGAUAAACUUAUGCCUGAGGAUCUGAUCGUAUACGGAAUUACAGCCACGAUGCUGACUUUGUACCUCUACAAAUACACGGAUUUUUUCAAAGUCGUCGAUCUGAAUGAGAGUUUCGUCCGCAAAUUCCACGACAGCAGUUUGAGCUUUGAGGUUGAUCUCACGACUGAAGAUGGCAGAAGACUUUACAUAAGUUCCCUGCUUUUGAGGCACAUGUUGCAGUUGAUCUGCAACGGGCACGCAAUCACAAGACUGAAUUUAACUGCGUCCGAAAAGGACAAAGUCGCCACCGAGCACCAAGACCGAGUAGCGACCGGGAUUUAUCUCUCGGCUAGCAUGAUGAAUCACGCCUGCGAACCUAAUAUUAUUAAUAGCUUCUGGGAUCAGCACCUUAUCGUUAAAGCGACAAAAGACAUUGCAGCAGGGGAGGAAGUUCUUAACUGUUAUGGUCCGCACUUCCGACGAAUGUCGAAGGACGAUAGGCAGGAAACUUUAAAGAAUCAGUACUGUUUUAUAUGCAAAUGCGAGGCAUGUACUAGUCCUGAACUACGAUACUUUUUGGAGCGAUUCAGCGCUUUAAAAUGCCCAGAGUGCACCGGAGCUUUUGUUGCUUUGCACAAUCUUCACAGUUAUUCGCUCCACUGUCUUGACUGUGGAGCCACUCCACUUGUUACUUAUGGGCCCGAUUUGAAAGAGGCCCAGGAUCUUUUUGAUGCCGCCCAGGGCUGCAUAGACCACGAAAAGGUCGAAGAGGCCCUUGACAAAUUAAAGCAGUGCUUAUGCAUCAGACGAAAUGUUCUCUACAAGCACCACGAAGACAUUGCAGUAACUCUUGACUUAAUAGGAAAAGUCUACGCCAUUAUGGGUCGAUGGCUGGAGUCUAUAUCGUAUCUGGAGCACAGCAUAGCAGCAGUCGAGGAGAGAUUUGGCCCCGACAGCAUAGAACUUGCCAACGAGUUGAACAAAAUUACGGACAUCUGUAUUCAGUACUUACGCGAGGAGACCAAUACCAGUACCAAACAAUACAAGAAUACAUUGAAGAAGACGCGCAGGUUUCUUGAUCGUGCGGAGCAGAUCAUGAACUUGAAUUACGGUCCUUGGAACGAUAGCUGCCGGGAGAUAAUGGAGAAAAAGGAAAAACUCUCGGUGCUGCUGAAGAACUUCAAUGUCUGAUUCGUGCGGUUCUCACAGGGUACGCACCAUAAGCACUUUCACAGUAAAAAAAGAGGAUCCCGCGAGUUUAAUCAAUUUAUAAGGGCCGACGGGACCACUCUUCGUUUUUAUAGGAAGCAUAUAUGUCCGUUUAAUAGGUCGUCACUUUCGAACAGAAGGUUAGCCAAUAGGGUGGAGUCAAAUAAAGAAAAAAGAAAAUUAUUCCCGAAGAAAUUCUAAUGAUUGCCCUCUUUUUUUAUUUUAAAAUCUCGCGAUUCGUCAAUAUUUUUUGGUAGUGUUGGUAAAAUUAUCAUAAGAAUAUCGAAUUAAUUUGAAAACCGAUUUUUUUUCAUGUCCAAUUUUUAAAGAAAAUUCUCAAAUUUCUAAAGAAAAUUGGGGGCAGCUUUCAGGUUUUCAAGAGCAACUAUUAGAAUAGAAUCUGGAAAAAAGAUUUUUUUUGUUCGUCCCACCCUAUUUAGCCAGUGUUACACUUAUAUUUGUAGUAAAACAUUUCAGACAUUGUCUCGAUUUGUUAGUGCUCUUUCUUCCUCGAUCGCUCUCGCUUUUUUCCCUCACAAAUCAAUUAAAAAAUUAAUUCUGAAUCUCAUAAUUAAUUCAAAAAUUGGAUUUGUUUAGUAGGGUGUUCCUUAUUAAUCUGAAUAACAUUUUUUUCAGAUUAUUGUAUGCAAAAAUAUCUCCAACCAGGCCAUAACUCAGAAUAAGAGUUUAAAAUAUUAAUUUUUUAUAUUUCAAAUUUGAAAUAAAAAUAAAACAAGGAAUACCCUAUGUAGUUUUUCCUUUUUUAUGCAUAAUAUUGCAUAAAAUAUGGCCUAAGUUUGGCAUAAUUGUAUAAUCAUAAAGGGACUAUCGAUGAUUGUUUUCCAGUUCUUUUCGCGUUUUUACUUGAAGGGGAAUUUCAACUUAUUAUUAGGUCGUAUGUUCGGAAGUGCGUUUAAGGUACUUUAAAAAAAACUGGGAAAUUGGAGUCCCGUGAUAAUAAUAAUAAUUUAUAAAAUGAUACCGAUCCUUUAAGAUAUUUUACACUUCUGGAACUUAAUAAAGAGUAUGUAUAGAGUUAAAAGGCUGUCAGAUUAAAAAAAUACAAAGUGUAGGAUAAACACUUUCAUCUAUAAAAAUGAUUUGUACAUUUCGGCAAGAACGCAAUGCCCAAGGCUAAUUAUUAUCGGAAGCAUCUGAUCACACUUUCAUCGACUAUAACUUAUUUAUAUCAGAUUUAUGUAUUUCAUGCGUAUUUUACACCUUGUAUUUUAAGGUGGAGUAAUGGCGUUAUUGGAAUAAAUUAUUGUACCACGAAA